UUAUUUCAGAAAUAAAAAAAAUAGAACUUAUAUAAACCUCUUAAAUGGUUGAUAUUGUUAUGAAAGUUCAAAUUAGAGUAAGAUCUAAGAUUAUGAUGAAGAAAUGCUUUGAAGCCACAAGGUGGAAUAUUAUUGCAGAUAGCUCAUUGAAUCGAAAACUCAAAAUGUUUGAGUUACUUCGAAAGGAAGUUAUAUAUUCCACUGUACAACGAAUCAAUUUUUCAUCAUUACCUCAAGAACUGCUCACGAUCGUUUCAAUUAUCAGUAUGAAGGUGUGUAAAAAUUAUGAAAGUUGUCACGAUUACAGGGUUGCACAUCCACAACCCUACAGGAAAUUAAACCCAAGAUUUUAAGGUCUCACGAUGAAUACUGAAACUUCAUAUUAUUUAGUUUGGUCAUGUCUAUUAGUUUUCAAGUUUCUUAAUUGCUAAAUAUUGGUAGAUUUUAUUCAGUUCUUACAUUAUGAUUUAAUAAACUGCUGUGUAUUUAUCAUUACACUUUAAAAUUUGUGCGAAAAUCCGAACGGUACUAUCUUGAAAUUGAUUAGUUCGUAAAGUACAGUUUCACGGACGUUAAUAUAUUUUAUGUAAUUACCUAAUUGGAUUAUGUUCUUUUUCAUUUUCUUUUUUUUUUUUGGUUUAAACAAAGAAAAUACUGAUGAUGGUAAAUCAAAUAAUAAUCAGUCCAAAAAACGUGUCAACUAUUUAUGUGGACCUGACGGUAAAUUAAUUGUUACUACUGCUUUAGCACCAGACUAUGAUCGAACAAAUCACUCCGAUGGCUACGGAUCAUCGGGGACUACAUCAAAUAAUUCAUCAAAAUCAAUUGUCGUUAUUAGAGAGUUUGAAUCAUCAACAAACUCUUCAGAACUAAACGGUAUGAACUUGACAAUGACCACUAACAGCACAACACCAACGAGAACGACAAUAACAACGACAACAACAACAGCGAUAACAACACCAACAACAAUCAAGUCAAUUUUUACAACAAAUGUAACAUUUUCAACUACGACAUUGACUAAUACUAUAAAUAGCAAUUCAGUUGCAAGUAGUACAACUAAUGUGUCAUAUUCAACAGAUAAUGCAAGUAUGACACAUAGAAAUGAUCAACAGCGUCAUGAAAAUAGUGUACGUCUAAUUCAACCAAAUUUAAUUCAAGGAUCAUUUGAUUCAUCCGUUUCAGAACAUGAUUCUACAUCAUACACUUAUGAUUCAUCAUCUUAUUCUUUUUCUUCAACUACGGCACCAACAAAUUCAUCUAUAAACACAGCUAGUAAAACAAUUGAUUCUAGUAUAUCAGAUAUGUUAAGUGUUGCUAAUAAUAACUCUAAAUCUUCACUAAAUAACAAUAAUCGAAACAGUAAUAAUAAUAGUAAUAAUAAUAUUAAUAUUAAUAAUAAUGAUCAUACCUUUAUUUUAUCUCCAACACCUUUCAAUCGAAAAUUAAAUUUAAAUCAACAGACGAAUAAUCAUUUUGUUCCAUCCUUAUCUAAUACUACAAACUACAAUGAUAUUACUACAAGCUGUAAUAUUCCUACUCUGAAUGGACAUUGUAAAAAUUGUCACAAUAUCAUUGAUAAUAAUAGUAAUAUUAAUAAUGAUAAUAAUAACACUAAUAAUAAUAAAAUUAAUAAUAAUCAUAACGAUAAGAAUAUUCAAAGUCAAACAAAUGGACAAUAUUUUUCUAUUACCAAACCUUUUAUACAAGAUAAUGAAAAUAAUCAAAAUUCUUUUAAAAAAAUGAAUAAUAAAAAUAAUAAUAACGCUUCAAUAAUAACAAAUGAAACAGUUGCGACCAUGACAAAAAAUGCUGCACAAUCAAAUCAUUUUUAUUCACCAGAAAAUGAAACUACCCUUAAUUUAUAUUCUCAUUCUAACGAUUUUUAUAGUAAUAAUAAUAAUAAUGCCAGAACUGACGUACAAAUAAAAGGUGGAGGAAAAGGAGUACAAAUGAAUAGUCAAGAGAAAAUCACGGAGUUCAAGAAUAAUAAUAUUGAUACAAAUAAACAUAGAAAUAAUUACAAACAUCAAGAAUCCGAUAAUAAUGACACUCUCAUUGUAUGUAUAUCAAACAAUAAUCGUAAUAAUACUUCUGUAGUUAUGACAACUACCACACCUUAUGAUAGUAAUGAUAAUAAUAAUAAUACCUAUGUCGAUACUAGUAAUAUCAUAAUGAGAACAAAUAACUCUGAUUAUAACAGUAUCGAUGUUAGUAGCAGUAUUAACAGUAGUACUAGUAGUAUUACUAGUAAUAAUCGAAAUUAUUAUUUAGAUUUAGAUAAACAAUCAAAUAAUAAUAGACAAAUUAAUAACAGUAGUAUGAAUCUUAAGAACUCCUAUGAUACCAAGAAUGCAUUUCAGUUCACAAUGCGUAAUAGUCCUAAUAAUAAUAUUAAUAGUUCCAUUACUAUUCUCACUGACCCUUCUAAUACGACGAACCAAGGAAGCGAUGUAUCCAUUGAUGAUUCAAUCCCAUUGUCAACAAGAACAACAGCAACCACAAAUAAAACAUUGAAACGUUUUGUAUUAACCAGAAGUCCAUUAAGUAGUCCUCCAGUAACAACACCAACCAGUGUAUCACCAGCACCAAUUCAUCAAAAUCAUCACAUAAAUGAAAGAACCCCACCUAGUUCCGCCAUAGAUAAUACAAAUUUAUCCAUAACAAAAAGCCAUUUUAAUCGAAUCAGUUUAUUAAACAAUCCCUGUAAUUCGUCAAAUCAAAAUUAUGAUCAGAUCGAUCCAUCACUUUCAUCAUCAACAUCGGAAUUAGAUAAAAUAUCUUCAUCGAUUACAUUUUCGUCAAAUCCAUCUAAUUAUACAAUAAUGACACGUUUUACCAAACAACCUGAACCACAACAAUUAAGACAAGAGAACAAACAACUACCAUCAUUGAUAAAAUAUCAACAACCACAGCAAAGAAAAACACUGAAUAAUAAUAAUAAUAAUUCAUCAGUACAACAACUUUCAAAUCAUACUGAUAAUAUUCAGAGUUUAAAUUCAACAUUUAGUAGAAUUAAUUCACCUCCAUCAAUAUUUCCACGACCUGCGUUUUGGACACCGGAUGUUAAGACUUCACGUAAAAUUAACAAUGUAAUUCAAGAGGAUCCUAAAACUAAAGUUUAUAAAUGGUUUGAAAGCUAUGAAGCUGCACGUUUACUUGUGGACUUCGGUUUACCAAUUACAGGUUUUAGUCCAAAUUUAUCAUCGCUGACAUUUUCACGUGUACCUGAAUGGUUCCACGGAUUUCUCUCUCGUGAACAAGCUGAACGUCUGCUCACUAAAACUGAUAAGAAUGGCAGUUUCCUUCUACAUUUGAAUGAAUCAUUUUUAGGUUAUGUUAUCAGUUUGUUUACAUCAUCCUAUUGCAAUCAUUUCCUUGUAUCAGUGAUUGCAGUAAAACAAAGUAAUUCUGGUUCACGUAAUACAACUAAGAGUACUUAUCAAUUGUAUGGUGUUGCGAAUCCUGAACAAUUCACCGAUUUAAGAGAUCUUGUGAAAUUUUAUUCUGUGCAUAGUCUAGGACGAAAUAAUAAUCAACAAUUAUUACUUUAUCCUGUUGGACAAGAAAAUCCAACUUUACCUGAUUAUUUGGACAUAUUUUAUUCUAGACCUGAUUCAAAUUCUUCUACAAGAUUAUAAUUAUUACAUAAUUUCAUAUUCUAAAAAUUAAUUGUCUUGUUACAGAGUACAAUGAUGAUUAUUAUUACUAUUAUUAGCAUUAGUAUUAAUAUUAUGAAUGUGUAUUUCUUAAUUGGGUUUAUUAAACCAUUGUAAUAUUAUGUAAUAUAGUAAACUUGAUUUUAAACAUUCUAAUAUAAACAUUCAUUUCUUUUUUUUUGAUCUUUCACUUAUUUAUUUUAUUACUUUUUUUCUUUUAUUUUAUCCUAUUUCAACUGAACUUAUUCAGUGAUCAUUUUGCCAUCGAAAAAGACUUCUAUUCUAAUAAAUGAAUAGAACAAUAGGAAAAUAAAUCAAAAUAUUGUGAAUAAUAUAAAAUCAUGAAAUCUCUUUAACCUUUUGAAUAAAAUCAAAUUUUUUAAAAAAACAAAAUAAGAAAAACAACAACUUUUAUCUCAGAUGAAUAACAGAUUUAUUUUCUAUUCUAUUAUAAUAAAAAAAACAAUACAAAUACUAUUACUUAUUAUCGUUGAUAGCAGUAAUUCCAUACCCUUUUUUCCACUUUAUUCUCUUUGUCUCUUUAUCAUUUUGAUUUAUUUUACAAAAGGAAAAUUGUCACAUGAAAAGGUUCAAAACUUUUUGUAAAAAAAGAACAUCUUCAUCAAACUUUAUGACUUGUACAUUUCUUUCCAU